AUGGAGUGCAAAAUAGAGACUUACUUCAAAAUAUUAUUUCUACUGAACUUUAUUAUAAACUGUUGCGCAUAUUCGAAUAAUGCACAGGUUUAUGGAAGUAUCGACGUUCAUUUUAAUGGAAACGUACCGAACAACAAGCCGAUAUCGCAAGAUUACCACUAUUCAUCGGGAAAACCAGAGAGCUAUUUACCAAUAUCACUAUCAGAAAACUUUUAUUCUCAACCAAAUCUUUAUCCGUCAAGGCAAGGGUCGAAUGACGAAGUUGUCUUAGUGAUAGUUGAAGAAUCGAUGCAUAACAAUGCUAAUGACAAUUUACUAAGACCAUUCUACAAUGGCAAUGAACAAGGUAAUUACCAACACAACGGAAAUAGUCACGAAUAUAAAUAUAACGACCACAGUGGCUACAUUCAGAAUAACGGAGAGAAUACUAAACCCGGAUAUUAUGGACAAAACCAAAACAUACCAUUAGUUUAUAACCAUAACCCCGGAUAUGUAGUUAAUCCAUUAAUGAUUGGCCAAGAAAUACCGAAUUCUUGGAACGAUUACAACAAGGAAAAUGUUGAAGUUAAUUAUAUUUACUAUCAAAACAUGAACAAGAAUAAUGUCAAGCCUACAGCGUUCACAACAGAACCAACACCGGUUACAACAGCACCAGUGACCACAACAGAAUAUGUAAUGAAAUUAACCACAAAGAAACCUGACGAUGGACCGUCAGGACUGGCGCCAGGUCACCAUGAGUACAUUUAUACUGGAGAUAAAAUAUACAUAGGAGGAGCACCGACCAAAGACACGGAACAGAAACCUUCAGAUAACGAUGAAGAAGAUUUUAAAAUAGAUGUAAGGUUUAAUAAAGAUCCAUUGAAUUGA